UCAGAGACAUUUAGAUGCAAAGACAAAUGGCUGAGAAAGCUGCUCUUCUUGGACGUUUCCUGAACUGCCAUGUGUGUUCAGAGACUUUCAGUGACCCUGUGUCUCUGAGCUGCAACCACAGCUUCUGUUCAAACUGCCUGUAUCAGUUCUGGGAACAAGCUAAAAACAAAAACUGUCCUAUUUGUAAAACAAAGUCCUCCACAGAUGAACCAGGAGUGAACUUUGCUCUGAAGGAACUGGCUGACUCCUUUGCUGAGAGGCAGAAGAAUGAUUCACCUGAGACGGAAACUGAAAAGGACAAAGAGGAAGUUGUGUGUGAUAAACAUCCAGAAGUCCCUUAUUGGUUCUGUGAGGAUGAAGAUCGAGCUGUGUGUCCUGUCUGUGAGUUUUCUCUCCACCAGGGUCACAAGGUGGUUCCUAUAGAAAAAGCAGUCAGUGACCUGAAGGAGCAGAUUAAAUCUGACUUAAAGUCUCUACAGGACAAGAGGGACAAAUAUGAAGAAGUGGAGAAUACAUACAAUGAAGUAAUUCAACACUCCAAGAAGCAGCUGUCAUCCACAGAGAGGCAGAUCAGAGCAGAGUUCAACAAGUUGCAACAGUUCCUGAAAGAGGAAGAGGAGUCCAGACUGGCUGCUCUGAGGGAGGAAGAGGAGCAGAAGGGGAAGACUAUCAGCAGAGAGAUGAAGAUGAUCCAGGAGCAGAUCUCCUCUCUGUCAGACAGUAUCUCUGCUGUUGAAGAAGAGCUGCAGAAACACAGCGUGCCAUUCCUCAGCAGUUAUAAAGCCACUCAGACCAGAGCCAGAGUCCAGUGCUCACUGUCAGAUCCACAGCUGGUCUCAGGAGUGCUGACAGAUGUGGCCAAACAUCUGGGCAACCUGUCCUUCAGAGUCUGGGAGAAGAUGAGGGACAAGGUCCACUUCAGUCCUGUCAUUCUGGACCCAAACACUGCAAACUCCUGCCUUCAUCUGUCUGAUGUUCUGACCAGUGUGAGACGUGGAGACACCAAGCAGCAGCUUCCUGACAAUCCAGAGAGAUUCACUAAAUAUGCCUUGGUUCUGGGCUCUGAGGGGUUCAGCUCAGGGAAACACAGCUGGGAGGUGGAGGUGGGAGACCAUCCUGACUGGGCACUGGGUUUGGCUAAAGAGUCAGUGGACAAGAAGGGGGAGCUAUGUGUCUCACCAGAAUAUGGAAUCUGGUGUUUAUUUCAUCGCAGUGGAAAAUACAAUAAUGGAGCCAGUAAGACCGUCACAGUGAACAAGAGUCUCCAGAGGAUCAGAGUCCAGCUGGACUAUGACGGGGGGGAGGUGUCCUUCUACAACCCUGAAGACAAGACUUGCAUCUGCAUUCACAGAGACACUUUCACUGAGAAACUCUUACCAUGGUUCAGUAUUGGUACGGCUGGUGACUCUAAAACUGCUGACAUCAAAAUCUGCCAGACUGAGAUUUCUCUGUGAUGUUCAGGGAGCCUGAUGAUGAUGGUGAU